AUGCCUCCGUCAAGGCCUUCGCGCAGGUCCAACGCCCGGACGAAUGCCUCCAGCCCAGACGGCUCCCAUGCGACCAACUCGCCUGCGCCUCAAGUCGCCCCGCCAAAAGAGAAGGGCCAGUCGUCGCUCGACAGCUGGAUUGAGCCGCCGCCGAGGACUCCUGUCCCCAGCUUCGAGGAUGUUGGUUUCGAGAGGCAGGGUGUCCUCACCACCAUGCAGCCUCUGGGCGUGAGGCCCACGGCAAAAGACAGGGCAAGGUCGAGGGUUGAUGGGCUGCGCCGCUCGGUGGCGGGCAAGAACGGCCAGCUGUCUGGGCCCGAGGAUUCGCGCGACACGCCCGACGUCGACGGCACACAACAGGCGGAGGACCGGGACAGGAAUCCGCAGGACUACCUGCCCGUAAUACCCCCCAACCGGGAUGAAGAGGAGGAUGACGACUACACGCCGGCCAGCAAAAAGAAGAAGAACAAGAAGGGCAGGGCCUCGAAGCGUGGCUCGAAAAGUGAGACGCCAGUGGGCUCGGUCCGCCCAACCGCAGCCCCGAGCACUCCCGACAAUCGGUCUCCGUCGCCUCUCGAAGAGGAGACGGCCAACGACGGGAUUUCUAUGGGCGUCGAGAAGGCUCUCCGUGGCGCUUUAGCGAAGGUUGAGAGUACCGGCCACACAAAGAUCGGCACUGUGCUAAGACGUCUCUCUCAACAGAGCAAGAAAGACAAGGGUCUUGCUGAGCUUCUCAGCUAUGUUGCAAAGCACAACGGCAAGGCCCCCUCCCAGGAGAAGCAGGCCGAAUUCGACCGCUACGUCAAGCGCGCCAGAAAGGCGCCCCCACAGGAUCAGGAGGAGGAGGAGAGUAUCGAGAGAAGCCCCAAGCGCGCGCGCAUCUCGCGUGGUGCCAACGGCCUCGCUUUGACGCCCUCGCAGUCCGCGCAAUCGCCCUCGCCCUCAUCCCCAGCAAAGUCGACCACCAUCCACCCUUCUUCCGCAAUCCAAUCUCCAGCCCCCGAGGAACUAUCCUCCGAGCGUGCUGACACUCCUCCGAAGGAACCUACUGCGGCCGAAAUGGGAGCCAGCGCCAACGGCCUGGCCUCUUCCGCCGUGCACUCCCCUCGUUCGAGGCGCGCCAGCGUAUCCUCCAUCUCCUCUCUAAGCUCGGUCGACGAGAGCAUUGCGGCAGGCCCGCCUCCCGAUGUGUUGGAAGACGCUGCCAUUAGCAGGCCGUCAACGGCUGGGCCUUCUACGAACGGUGCCAGCAAGUUGAACAUCAGGACGAAGAAGCCGCUUCCCAAGAAGGCGGGUGGCGGUGCCAGCAACAAGCGCUCUCCCGACGAUGCCGGCUUGACCGAGUCCGAAGACGAGGAGUUGCAGGCAAAGCGCCGCAAAUAUAGCGAGGGGCUGAAGGACCUCACGAGCUUCAACAAAAUCAUUCCCGUCAGCAGCAUAAGACGUGAACUCGCAGCGACGGAGAUCCCUGCUUUCAACGACUCUCCGGUCCUGCCUCCGCCCAGGAAGCAGAAGCUCAAGCUCACCAACGGUCUCCUCAAGAAGUCGGCCCUUCAAGCAAGCAGCAGCGCCGCGUCACCCCUCUCAGACGGGGGCCCGCCGCAUGGAUCCGGACCGGCCACGCGUGCUACCACGCCUAACCUCAACGCAGAUGGCAACGAGCGGCCAUCAAAGAGGCAGAAGACGUCGGCUCGCACAAAGCACUCGCCGAUCAAGAAUAGGACGGGUGGUGUCGCGGGCGUAGCUCGUGCGAGUGGCGGAAUGGAAUCCCCGAUCGGCUACGAUGACAACGACGCGCGUUCCGAAAAUGAUGACUUUUGUUCUGCAUGUGGCUUCUCCGGCCUGCUUCUCUGCUGCGAUGGUUGCGACAAGGCCUUCCACCUCACUUGUUGCGACCCGCCGCUCAACGACACGCCGGACGAAAAGUGGCUUUGCCACCUCUGCGCGGCGAAAAGCAACAGCGCAUUAAGAGAGUCGGUCCCGUUCAGCAUGUUCGGUCCUUUGAUGGCCACCAUCAACAAGCGCAACCCCACCGUCUUCGCUCUUCCCAGGCGCGUCCAAGAUCAUUUCGAGGGCGUGCGUGCCGACAAGGAGGGCGCAUACGAGGAGGUGCAAGCGACGAAGCCUCUCAACAAGGGCCGUGGCGGCUGGGACGAAGUGCCCGACAACACCAGGCUUCUCGACACAAAGGGCAACGCCAUCCUUUGCGUGCAGUGCGGCAAGUCAUCGCUUAACAAGCAGCAGAUCAUCCAGUGCGAUGUCUGCAGUGCUAACUGGCAUUUGGACUGCCUUGACCCGCCCAUGGCCAAUCCUCCUCCCAUUCCUUUUAAUAGCAGGCACCGCAAUGUCUGGAAGUGUCCCCGCCACACCGACCGGGACCUUCGCGCUAUUGAGCCAACCGUGUCCAGUGCUCUAGGCAGCAAACGGAUCUUCCGGAUUCGCAAGCCCAAGGACCCUAACAUCGUCGACGUCAACAUGAGGCGCGGCUUCAGAAACAACGGCGUCAUCGAGGUCGCUGAAGACAGUAGCGACAGCGAGAAGGAGUUUGAGUCUAAUGAUGACGAGGACGGUGUCGUCUACCGCCUCCCGUCCAAGGGCAUCAAGCUCGACUUCAUCUCCAAGAUCAAGCAGAUGCGCAUGGACAACGAGAACAAGCGCGCCCGAACCAGCUUCCCCUCGAUCCAGCCACGAACGUACGACCGCAAGUUCAGCAACGCCGAUCCUACCGACCGACGUGCGGCUGUCAACCUCGUGCAGUUCGCCAACCGAGAAUCCGACCUCGAGCUCGGCGGCGACGCGGUGCAGACGCUCAUCUACAGCCUGAAUGGCGAAUCACCCGACGAAGUCAUCGACAGCAUGGCUGGGGCUGGAAAGGCACCGCUGACGAUGGAGCCGCCCGGAGAGGAGGAAAGACGGCAGCUUCUGGCCCUGCAGGAGCUUAUUCGCCGCAGACUCGGCGUUACCAACGGAAGUGUCUGA